UCAGUUUUGAUUUGAGUUUGCCAAAGGCAGCACACAGUUUUUAAUCCAAAUUUCUCAAAAUACAAAAACACUUGUUUUAAAAUGUCUCUUACUAUCACCCAAGUCAAUUCGGUUUCAACUCCUGAGCUUAAGGAUCUGAGCACUGUUCGCAAUGAACAAAAGGAACUCAACAUUGCUCCAGUGCACCAAGUGAAUGUAACCAAGGCGACAGCCACCUUUGGCAUGGGCUGCUUUUGGGGAGCGGAAUCCCUCUAUGGCGCCACGCAGGGAGUGCUGAGGACCACUGUCGGCUAUGCUGGCGGCUCCGCGGAUCUACCAACGUACCGUAAAAUGGGUGAUCAUACCGAGGUCUUGGAAAUUGACUACGAUCCCACGGUGAUCAGUUUCAAAGAGUUAUUGGAUCUGUUCUGGAACAAUCAUGAAUACGGCCUUACCACGCCCAUCAAGCGUCAAUAUGCCUCGCUUAUUCUCUAUCAUGACGAUGAACAGAAACAAAUUGCCGAAGCAUCAAUAAAGGAGGAACAGGAGCGUCGUUCGCCAGAGAUCAUAACUACAGAGAUUUCGCCAAAGAAGAAUUUCUAUGCAGCUGAAGAUUACCACCAAAAGUAUCGUCUUCAAGGCCAUAAGGACCUGGUUUCCUCUCUCAAUCUCAACCAGAAACUGUUGCAAACUAGCUUUGUGGCCACCAAAUUGAAUGGCUAUCUAGCAGGUGUCGGCGGUGUCGAACAGUUCAAAUCGGAAGUAGAAUCUUUUGGCCUGACGCCUACUCAGCGUCAGUACUGUAAUCACCACGUCGAGCAGAACGAAGGCCAGGGUCUCUAUUGCUGACGUGGUAGUAUCUACAUAGAUGUUAAGCGUAGAUCUUAUACAAAAUAAUCCAGGGGGGUAUAUACAUAAAUAAUAUGUACAUAUACAUAUAUAUGUACAUAUAUGAGAUUUUAAUUUGUUUUGAUUAGAAUAAACUUGCGUAUUAUUUAGACUUAAAAUAUGAAAAUAUAUAUAUUUAAUGGUAAUAAAAGAUAUUUUAAUACAAUUUAAA